AACAAUGGGGAAACGGUCAAUGUGGUUAGAUGUCUUUGUGCCACACAUCCGCCCGCAGGUGCACACGCACACACAUACAUACACAUGCACCUCUCUCAUCCAGCAAUAACCAUCAGUCCUUUUAAGUCAAGCACCACUGUAUCUCAGAUGCCCCUCCACAGUCACGUGUCUUCCCUUUGGCCCCAGUGGCAUACGGGGGACCAUCCUGGGCAUCCGAGAAUGUCUGCCAGCACCCCGGGCUCUACUCCCUCCGACAGACUUGGGCUAAUCCCUUUCUGUGGACUCCCCAUCUGUAAAGGACCUCAGGAUCGGCAGAAUGGAGAGUCGGUAGGUCUCCAUGAGACAGGCCACCCCAGAAGCCACCCUAGUGGACAGGAGGUCACGAAGGGGCAUGAUGAGGGUGCCAAUACAGCAGUGCCAACAUAACUGUCCCACACAGGGCUGCCAGGACUCGUAGCCCAUCAGCAGCCCCUAGCAGCUGUGCAUCGGAGCCCUGGCAGCAAAGUCAUGCGUUGGGCUUCAAUCCAAAAGGCACGUGGAAGAGUAUUUUCUCCCUCGCAUGAUCCAGGACCUGACCAAGCAGGAGACUGUCCCCUUUGGGGAUGCUGUGCUGGCCACACGGGACACGUGCAUCGGGAGUGAGAUCUGUGAGGAGCUCUGGACGCCCCACAGCCCACAUGUGGACAUGGGCCUGGAUGGCAUCGAGAUCUUCACCAAUGCCUCUGGCAGCCACCACGUGCUGCGCAAAGCCCACGCCAGGGUGGACCUGGUGUCCAUGGCCACCACCAAGACAGGUGGCAUCUACCUGCUGGCCAACCAGAAAGGCUGCGAUGGGGACCGCCUGUACUACGACGGCUGCGCCACCAUCGCCAUGAACGGCAGCUUCUUUGCCCAGGGUGCCCAGUUCUCCCUGGACGAUGUGGAAGUCCUCACGGCCACUCUGGACCUGGAGGAUGUGCGCAGCUACCGGGCAGAGAUCUCCUCACGGAGCCUGGCGGCCAGCCGAGUGGAGCCCUUCCCCCGAGUGAAGGUGGACUUUGCCCUCUCAAGCCGGGAUGACCUGCUGCUGCCGCUGUCAGAGCCCAGCCAGUGGAAGCACCACAGUCCUGCUGAGGAGAUAAGCCUGGGGCCCGCGUGCUGGCUCUGGGACUUCCUACGGCGCAGCCAGCAGGGGGGGUUCCUCCUGCCCCUAAGCGGCGGGCUGGACAGCGCGGCCACCGCCUGCAUCGCCUUCUCCAUGUGUCACCUGGUCUGCGAGGCCGUCAGGAAUGGAAACCAGCAGGUCCUGGCUGACGUCCGGACCAUCGUGGACGAGGCUACCUACACCCCCCAGGACCCCCGAGAGCUCUGUGGACGGUUGCUGACCACCUGCUACAUGGCCAGUGAGAAUUCUUCCCGGGACACGUGCCAGAGGGCUAGGGAGUUGGCCCAGCAGAUUGGGAGCCACCACGUGGGUGUCAGCAUCGAGCCCGCCGUGAAGGCCAUCGUGGGCAUCUUCAGCCUGGUGACCGGGAAGUUCCCUCUGUUUGCAGCGCAUGGGGGCAGCAGCAGGGAGAACCUGGCUCUUCAGAACGUCCAGGCCCGGGUCCGAAUGGUGCUCACCUACCUGUUUGCUCAGCUGAGUCUCUGGUCUCGGGGUGCCCGCGGGGGCCUGCUUGUGCUCGGAUCUGCCAACGUGGACGAGAGCCUCCUCGGCUACCUGACCAAGUACGACUGCUCCAGUGCCGACAUCAACCCCAUUGGGGGCAUCAGCAAGACCGACCUGCGGGAGUUUGUACUGCUGUGCACGGAGCGCCUCCAGCUGCCUGCCCUGGCCAGCAUCCUCGCCGCCCCAGCCACUGCCGAGCUGGAGCCCCUGGCUGACGGACGCGUGGCCCAGACCGACGAGGAGGACAUGGGGAUGACGUACUCAGAACUGUCCGUCUACGGCCGGCUCCGGAAGGUGGCCAAGAUGGGGCCCUACAGUAUGUUCUGCAGGCUGGUGACCCUGUGGCGAGAGCAGUGCAGCCCCCGGCAGGUAGCAGAAAAGGUGCAGCGGUUUUUCUCAAAGUACUCGGCAAACAGACACAAAAUGACCACGCUCACGCCCGCCUACCAUGCGGAGAGCUACAGUCCUGAUGACAACAGGUUUGACCUGCGGCCCUUCCUGUACAACACCAGCUGGCCCUGGCAGUUCCGCUGCAUCCAGAGGGAGGUCCAGCAGCUGGAGGGGUGUGGGCAGCAGGACCUGGACAGCGUGGACUGAGGCCAGGCUCUUCGGAGGCCCCUUGCCCCAUGGGGGCUGAGCUGGAUGCUGUGCCACCGUUGUGGCGGCCAAGGGCGCCGGCUCCCUGCCCUGCCAGCUCCACUCUUCACGCCAGCCCGCCCUCCGGCCUCUUCUUUCAGAGGGGCUGAAAUAAACAAGAGUGAGACUUGUCA